AUGGCAGCAGUCAACUCCAUUCUGGGAAUAGUUAAUGCUCUAAGAGGAGCUACUCGGCUCUUUCCAAGUGAAAUUGAACCUUAUCGAGAUGAUGAAGUACAGAAAUGUAAUGGUGGUACUGGUGGUGGUGCUGGUGGUGAUGGUUCUGGUAGUGGUGCUGGUGGUGGUGGUGCUGGUGGUGAUGGUACUGGUAGUGGUGCUGGUGGUGAUGGUUCUGGUAGUGGUGGUGGUGCUGGUGGUGAUGGUACUGGUAGUGGUGCUGGUGGUGGCGAUAAUUUCCCAUUACUCCUGUACAUGUACAUAACAAAUUUGGUUUUAAUGUAUACGAAAAGUAUCACAUUUAUGUUUGCCGAGAUGGAUAAGGUUCCUUUUGCCCAAACGCUUACAUGUACCGCAGCAUUGGGCCAAACUAUUUAUCUACCAUAG